CGGCCCGUAGCGCAGCCGGAAGUGGCGGGAGGAGCAGGCGGAAGCGGGGUAAGCGCCCCUCUCGGUGUCGGCCGCCGCCCCCGCGGAUCCCCCGAUUAUCGGGAACCUCCGUCCCCCGAGGAAGGUCCUUCCCCGCCCUAGGGAAAUAUGAGCACGCCAGCGGGGGAACACUGACUCCAAAUUGAACGCCGAACCUCCUCCCAGACGCCCGCAGGAUUCGGAAGCAGAAUCAAUGUUAUCGGAUGAGUUAGAAUCCAAACCGGAGCUGCUGGUUCAGUUUGUCCAGAACACAGCCAUCCCUCUGGGCCAGGGGCUGGUGGAAUCGGAGCCGAAGGACAUCGCCUGUCUGUCCCUCCUCCCCGUGACCGACACCUCGGAAUGCAGCCGGCUGCUCUUACCAGAUGACGGCGCCGACCAGACGAGCUCCUCCAAGGAGAUCCCUCCCUCGGCCGUGCUGAGGAGCGUCCAGGUGAGCGUGGGAGCCAACGGCGAGGAGACGCGGGCCGGGCCGCCGCAGAAACCCCCCGGCCUCCUCUCCGGCCCGGACCCGCCCGGCCUCCUGCAGGACCUGCAGCCCGGCGACAGCACUUCGUUCAUCCUCCUCAACCUCACCAGAGCAGGCCUGGGCUCCUCAGCCGAGCACUUGGUGUUCGUUCAGGAUGAGGCCGAGGAUUCCGGGAACGACUUCCUGUCGGGCGAGAGCGCGGACGGCAGCCCCCCGUGGUUCCUCCGGGUCCAGGAGCUGGCCCACGACAGCCUCAUAGCCGCCACGCGCGCCCAGCUGGCCAGGAACGCCAAGGCCGGCGGCAACGGGGAGAGCGUCCACCUCGGUCCGGGCGAGGGGCAGCCCAAGGAGUCGGCGCCCGUCCCCCACUUGCCCAGAGUGGAGAAGAGGCUCAAGUGCACCGUGGAAGGCUGCGAUCGGACGUUCGUGUGGCCGGCCCACUUCAAGUACCACCUGAAGACCCACAGGAACGAGCGCUCUUUCGCCUGCCCGGCCGAAGGCUGCGGGAAGAGCUUCUACGUGCUGCAGAGGCUGAAGGUGCACAUGCGCACGCACAACGGCGAGAAGCCCUUCACCUGCCAGGAACUGGGCUGCGGCAAGCAGUUCACCACGGCCGGCAACCUCAAGAACCACCUGCGGAUUCACACGGGAGAGAAGCCCUUCCUGUGCGAGGCCGAGGGAUGCGGGCGCUCCUUCGCCGAGUACUCCAGCCUCCGGAAGCACCUGGUGGUCCAUUCCGGAGUGAAGCCCCACCAGUGCCAAGUGUGCGGAAAGACGUUUUCCCAGAGCGGCAGCCGGAACGUCCACGUGAGGAGACACCACUCGCGGACGGGGCCGUCCGGGGCCCGAGAUCGAGAGCCGACCGCCGAGCCCCUCCUGGGCAGCAGCCUGCUGGAGGCCGCGGCCCACGCCAAGAGCCCCGCGCCCGGCGCCCCCCAGCCCGGCCUCGGCGUGGAGCCCCUGCAACUCCCGGACGCCGACCCCAUCCUGACGGCGGAGGAGGAGAGACGACCCGGGCAGCGCGGCCAGGUCCGGACCGGAGCGGGGAGAUGAUCGAAUACGAUCGAGUCGAUGGAUGCCAUUAAGGGAAGGAACUGAAGCCAAGACUUCCAGGGGGUCCCCCCCCCCCCGGUCGGCUCCCGGGCCCGGGACCCGUCCCGUUGCGGAUCCGCGGACCCGGCGAGGCCCCGUCUCCCUGACGGCGGGCCGGGGGAUUCGGCUUUUGGGCCCCUCGGUGGAAGCCGGCGUCGUUUACGGGGUCUCCUCCCUUGGCUCUCCUCCAGCCGCCCCCCGCGGUUCUCCCUCGUGCUUCCGGUGGCACGGCCGGCCCCCUCCCACCCCUUUCCGUGCGCCCUCGCCCGGGUCGCCUCGCCUCUCUGGGCCUCGGUUCCCUCAUCUGAGAAAGGGGGGUGAAGACCGUGA